AUGCACCCUUCACGUGCUCAGCCGGCGUACCCGCUCGCCGCCGAGGCCGCCGCACGCGACCCGCUCUACGCCGGCGCCGCCCAGCCCUUCCUCCCCUCUCACCUUCGACCCGCCGCCGCGACACACCUCGCGCCGCACCCUCAUCACGGACCCUCUGCCCGCAUCGACUCGGGCACGGCCGCCGCCUCGGCCGGCAGCAUCCAGCGCCGGCUCACGCUCGCCGAGCACCGCCGCGGCGCGGCGACCGUCAUCGGCAUCGACGACGCGCUCGACACGGCGAGCGGCGUCGGCAUCACCUCGGCGCCCGCCGGCGCCGCCUCGUCAGCCGCCCCCUCGCCGGCGCCGGCGCCGCCGCACGGCGACCCCGACGCGCUCGGCCCGCUCCCCGACGGGUGGGAGGCGCGCACGAGCCCGACGGGCCGGCCGUACUUUGUCGACCACGUCGGGCGGCGCACGACGUGGCACGACCCGCGCAAGGCGCUCGUGCGCGCGAGGGAGCGCGCGAGGCGGGCUGUCCUCGCUGCGGCGGGCGUCGAAGAGCAGCUCGGGCCUCUGCCGUCGGGAUGGGAGAGGCGUACGACACCUUCCGGCCGGGCCUACUUUGUCGACCACAACACCAAGACGACCUCGUGGGACGACCCACGUCUGCCGUCGUCGUCCGUCGAGGGCGAUCAGUCGAAGCGCGCCUUCCGCCGCAAGCUCAUCUACUUCCGGUCGCAGCCGGCCCUGCGCCCUCUCGGCGGCGGCUGCCGCAUCAUCGUCCGGCGCGAGCACCUGUUCGAGGACGCGUUCGCCGAGAUGAUGAAGUACUCGGGCGAGGACCUGCGCAAGAGGCUCAUGGUGUCGUUCCAGGGCGAGGAGGGUGUCGACUUUGGCGGCGUGUCGAGGGAGUUCUUCUUCAUGCUGUCGCACGAGAUCUUCAACCCGAGCUACUGCCUGUUCGAGCCGACCGAGAAGACGAGCUACACGCUGCAGGUCAACCCGAACAGCAGCAUCAACGAGGACCACCUGUCGUACUUCCAGUUUGUCGGUCGCUGCGUCGGGCUCGCCAUCUUUCACCGCCGGUUCCUCGACGUUCACUUCUCGACGGCGAUCUACAAGACGUGCCUCGGGCGCACGAUCGGGCUCGAGGACAUGGCCGUCAUCGACCAGCAGAUGCAUCAGUCGCUCACCUGGAUGAGCGAGAACGACAUCACGGACGUCAUCGAGCUCGAUUUUACGGCCCAGCACGAGUCGUUCGGCACGCUCGAGACGACCGAGCUCGUGCCCGGCGGCGCCGACAUCGCCAUCACCGAGGACAACAAGCACGAGUACAUCCAGCUCCUGUGCCAGCACCGCCUCAAGGGCCGGGUCGAGCAGCAGCUCGAGGCGUUCAAGCUCGGCCUCGGCGAGAUCGUGCCCCUCAAAGAGCUCGAGGUGUUUGACGAGAAGGAAUUCGAGCUCAUCGUCUCGGGCGUCAGCGAGCUCGACCUCACCGACUGGGAGAAGCACACCGACUACCGCGGCUUCCAUAAGGACGACCAGCUCGUGCGGUGGUUCUGGCAGGUCGUCGGCACGUGGGACCUCGAGAAGAAGGCGCGCCUGCUCCAGUUCACGACGGGCACGAGCCGCGUCCCGGUCAACGGCUUCAAGGACCUGCAAGGCUCGGACGGUCCUCGUCGCUUCACGCUCGAAAAGAGCGGCGACAUCUCGCAGCUCCCCAAGAGCCACACCUGUUUCAACCGCCUCGAGCUGGCGCCGUACCCGACCUACGACAUGCUCGAGCAGAAGCUCACGUUCGCCGUCGAGAACACGCUCGGGUUCUCGCUCGAGUGA